GUAACAUCUCCUUGAAGAUGUCUCCACCACAAAAGUUACACAAUGCACCUUUAAUGCAUUGGUUUCAUACCUGUGUACAUGUAUUUUAUGUAUAAAUAUUCAGAAAUAACUUUGUUUUGUAUACAUGCAUCAUGAAUUUCAGACCACAUACAAAAUGUUCACUGCAAACUCGGGAUGGCAGCCAAAAAUUACCUUUUUCGUCCUUCCUGUGUAUCAAUACUAACCAUCGCCUUCACUUUUCACUAUUUUUCAGUUCCGUUGGGAAGGAAAACAGUUUGAACGGAGGUUUGCAGUGACAGAUCUGAUUCCCUUUUUCAUUAAUGGAGUUCACAAACUUCUUUCUUUCUCGAGCCGUUUUCCACUGUUAGGACAUCCAACAACCACACAAUUACGAUGUCCGAAUCCGAUAACUAAAAUAUGACGAUAUCAGAACCAGAAACAAAAGCGAUAUGGUUCAAAAGACUAGAAAAGAUCGACUUUGUCAAUAGACGCAUCCCACUGGGAAAUCAAACAUGCAGGUUUGUGAUGGAGGACUGCAUUGAGGUGAUUCUCCAGGACUCCCCCCUGUCUCUGCAGAGGGAGCACCCUGUGGUCACAGCCUGCUCCGGGGCUCUGCUCACCGGCAUGUACGGCCUCUGGAGCCUGUUCGCUGUGCCCGGCUUCCGAAGGGUGCCAUGGAAACUAAAGGUUCCAUAUUUGCCCUCGAGUAAACAGCAGACAGUGAACGUGAUGAGGCACCUGCACGGACGUUCAGGUCGUCUGGCAGACCUGGGCUCAGGGGACGGCAGACUGGUGUUUGCAGCCUCCUCUGCUGGGUUCCAGUGCACCGGCUUUGAGAUCAACUCCAUCCUCGUGGCCUACGCCCGAGCCAAGGCCCAGUGGACAGGCCUGCCCUCCAGCCAGGCCAACUUUGUUAAGACUGACUUCUGGAAGACUGAUCUGUCCUCAUACAACAACGUGACAGCCUUUCUUGCUCCUGGAGCGAUGGAGGCGCUGAGUGACAAACUGCUGAAGGAGCUUCCCGAUGGUGCGUUCGUGGUCUCCUGCAGAUUCCCGGUUCCUCGCUGGACUCCUCACUCUUCCAUCGGCUCCAAUCUGGACCAAACAUUCGCCUACGACAUCAGCGCCGUGAGAGAAAGUUUAAAAAAGACAAUAGCUACGGAGUAAAGCGGACAUCUCGGAUCAGUUCUUCUUCUUCUUGCACUAUCAUCAAUCUCCAUGACAACGGAUGGAGGUUAGAGCUAACUGGAAGCACCGCAAUGUCUGUAGCAUAAAGACACCGGGUUUUGUUCUAAUAGUUUUAAUGAGUUGCUGCCAAAUUGCAUUACUUUCAUGAACUUAAUUGAGCCAAUUUGUAUUUGUAUAGUUGUAUAAUAGAUUGUUUUUCUUUUUAUGUUGGAAAAUAAAAAUCUAAACCGAAUAACAGUGGCCUUGUUCAUAUGCACACCAAAAUCUGAUUAUAAUCUAAUUUCUGGAUAUGCAAGAUUACAUAAAUGACAGGUAAAUAGCAAAAUCUGAUACAAAUAAUCAGAGGGACCAACAUCAGAAUUUGAUCUUUUUUGGGUGUACAUGUACUCGCCGCCACUGCCUGAUAAU